CUUGAACGCACCACCUUCUGAUCAACGAUCUGAAGAGGAAACGGUGUUAAAACUUGAUUUAAAUAGUCAUGGAGGAGCUUUUGUUUAAAAUCCUGGUUGUCGGAGACUUGGGAGUCGGGAAAACCUCCAUUAUCCAGCGGUACGUUCAGCAGGUCUUCUCCCAGCACUACAGAACCACCAUCGGGGUGGACUUCGCCCUGAAGGUGCUUCAGUGGGACAGGGACACUGUGGUCCGGCUGCAGCUGUGGGACAUAGCAGGACAGGAGCGGUAUGGAAACAUGACUCGUGUCUACUACAGGGAGGCAGUUGGAGCGCUGGUGGUGUUUGAUGUCACGAGGGCCUCCACAUUUGAUGCUGUGCUGAAGUGGAAGGACGACCUGGACUCCAAGGUGACUUUGAACUAUGGCAGACCCAUUCCGGCAGUACUCCUGGCCAACAAGUCAGACCAGACAGCUUCUCAGCUGCCCAAACUGGACUCAUUCUGCAGGGAGAAUGGUUUUGUGGGCUGGUUUGAGACGUCUGCAAAGGAGAACACAAACAUUGAGGAGGCAGCACGCUGUUUGGUGGAACACAUCCUGACUAACGAGGAGAGCUCAGCAAUGGAGCGAGAGCGCGACUCCGUAGUCCUGUCUGGAGACACAAACACCACCAAGGCUCAUUUUAACUGUUCACUGUGUGAAAAAUACUGAGUGUUUAAAAGAUGAGCAGAUUACCCCUAAUUUACAUUACUUGCGUUCCGUCUCCGCUACGCACCGGUCCGACCUCC